AUUAUUGACCGAAGUAGAACUAAAAACGUCGCCGGUCGGCAAGGCUUUCAUGCCGCGUGUCGCAUAAAAUCUGAUAAACUCUGGCCAGUAGUAGGUAGAGGCCCGUAGGGUCAGAUAUACCUGCAACACGGCACAUUGGCAAACCAGUCCACUGGGUCUGAUGAGACACUACAUCGCAUCUGCCGGUCGACGAGGCCAGACACACACAGAUUUGAGAGAGCAGACAAUGUCCUCGUCGCAUUGUCUCACUACCUGGACGAGUCGGCGGACCUUGGAGCAGGGGAUAAAAGGACAUCUUCAUCAUCGGGAGGGAGGCACAGGCACGGGCACAGCACAGCACCGCAGGUCGCACUGCCAUCGCCAACAUGGAAGCAGACGAGGUCGCGGACCAUGACAGUACCUUUGGCGGUGAUCGGGACUCCAUCGCGACCAGCAGCACGUCGCUGUACAGCGCCAUCACGAAAUACCAGUGGGAGAAUGGCAGGAGAUACCAUGCCUACAAGGCCGGGAAGUACCUCUACCCCAACGACGAGAAAGAGUCGGAUCGCAUGGACCUCGAACACCACAAUCAGAAACUGCAGCUCGAUGGCAGACUGUUCACCUGCCCUUUGGUCGACGAUCCCAAGGAGAUCCUAGACCUUGGUACCGGCUCCGGUAUCUGGUGCAUGGAAAUGGCAGACUUGUACCCAUAUUGUCAGAUUCUGGGCACCGAUCUCAGUCCUAUACAGCCCACGUGGGUUCCUCCCAACUGUCGAUUCGAAAUCGACGAUUACGACCGCGAAUGGGCCUUUGGCAGCAAUCGCUUCGAUAUGAUACACCAGCGCUUCCUCAUCGGAACAAUCACGAACAAGGCGGAGUUCUACAAACAGGCAUACGACGCGUUACGACCUGGAGGCAGCAUCGAGCUGGUGGAGAUUGAGUUUACGACAUAUUCCGACGAUGACUCGGUACCACCAGACUCUGCCAUGGUGCGCUGGGGAGAGCUCAUGUUGGAAGCAUUCCAGCGGAUGGGCCGGAAAGAGCCCGGUGCGGAGCAGUACAAGAAGAUCUUGGAGGACACGGGGUUUGAGGGAGUGCAUCUGGAGAUCAUCAAGAGACCGAGUAACGAUUGGCCCAAACAUCCUCGGAUGAAGGAGAUUGGAAGAUAUUGUUGCCUCAACUUCCUCGAGGGCAUGGAGGCGUUUACGAUUGCGCCCUUUACGAGAAUACUGGGCUGGAAGCCCGAAGAGUGUCAAGUCUUUCUUGCGCAAUUGCGCAAGGAGUGGGUGACGAGAAAAUACCACGCAUAUCAUAAGGGUAUCAUUGUGUACGGAACGAAGCCCAAGGCUCCCACGACUGCGCCAUGGUAAGUUUGGAUGCAGUACAGUCGAGACCAUGAGUGUACAGCGUUUUGGGAUACCCAGCAACCAGUGCAUAUCUGGCUACAGCCCUCAGCACGUAGGGACACAAAGGCCUGCUUCAGCGCAGGAGGAACGUGAGAAACGCCCUCUCACACACAAGCCGCAAGAGCAACGAACGCGUGUCCUCCACGGCGAUACAGCUGGGCCCCGCGCCUUCCAUGCCGCCCACACCAUCACAGGAGAUGUGCGCUGGCUGGAUGUAGGCUCUACAUGUAGUCUCAAACAACUACAGAGGAGGAAACAGCUGGAAACGGAAACGAUGGCAGGAGAUGAGAGGAGAUAUUUACAUGUGACACCCACCCAUUGUGUUGUCGGGGGAAAGUUUGGCACACCUAGUAGUUGUAUAUACCUGUAUAUAGGAGGUAGUUAAACUCCACCAGCAUUCCUUGUGUUUACAGUAGUAUCAACCAAUUCUUG